AUGAAGCUCUCUAUUCUUUCCCCUACUGUCGCUUUACUUUCCCAGUUAGUAUCAUGUAUCCCAACUCCGACCGAAAAUGUCGUCGGGCACGGUGGGACUGUGACCACCGUAUCUACACUUGCUCAAUUCACCGCCGUAGCGAAUAAUGCGAAAAAUAACGAUAUUAUACCCAGGAUUAUUGUAGUAUCAGGGACAAUUACCAGCGCUACUCAAGUUAGAAUCGGAUCUAACAAAACGAUUAUUGGGCUUCCUGGAGCAAAAUUUGUUGGGAUUGGCCUUUUCGUUUGGAAGCAGAACGACGUCAUUCUUCGCAACAUAAUCAGUCAGGAUGUACUUGCGCCUAAUGGGGAUGGCAUCACUAUCCAAGCCUCCAGGAAUGUUUGGGUUGAUUACUGCGAGUUCUAUUCUGACCUAACCCACGAUAAAGACUACUAUAAUGGCCUCGUAGAUAUUAGCCACGCUUCGGAGUGGGUCACUAUUUCUAAUACUUACCUGUAUGAUCACUGGAAAGCCUCUCUUAUUGGCCACAGUAACAACGAUGCCGUAAUAGAUACUGGCCAUCUUCAUGUUACCCAGUGUAAUAAUUAUUGGCUCAAUAUUGGUAGCAGAACUCCUAGUUUAAGAUACGGCCUUGGCCAUAUCUUCAACUCGUACUUUGAAAACAUGAAUACAGGCAUUAACUCUAGAGAUGGGGCACAAAUCCUUGUUCAGGGCAAUGUCUUCUCAAACGUUACAGAACCAAUUGCUGCGUUAUAUAGUCAUUCCACUGGACAUGCUAACGUCUUUGAUACCUAUCUUGGCGGUGUUGCGAAUACGGCGCCUGUUGGGACAUUAUCUGCGACCAGUAUGCCAUAUUCCUACUCCUUGUUGGGGUUUGCGAAUGUAAUCAAGUCAGUUGUUCAAACUGCAGGUGCCACUUUGUCUUUUUGA